AUGAACUAUCCUCCCAGGUACAAUCUAUACACAGGAAGCAACCUGCCUUUCACACAGCUCCAAGGGACAGCACAAGCAACCAAUGGGGCCCGAGUGGCCAGCCGCCACAGGAAUUGGUGUGCUUAUGUGGGGUCACGGAGUGUGAGCUGCGUGGUGGAGGAUGGAGUCGACACGUAUGUGAAACCAGAUUAUCAGCCAUGUGUUUGGGGACAACUCCAGUGUCCUCGUGUUGUCACAUAUCGAAGUUUUGUGCGCCCACGCUAUAAGGUGGCCUAUAAGAUGGUCUCAGACUUGGAGUGGCGCUGCUGCCCUGGCUAUUCAGGCAAUGACUGUGCCGAAAGCGGGACGCUACUUGCUACCAGCCGACCACGACCCCAGCCUGGUCAACCCAACCUAUCCGGCUUUGGCAACCCACUCAGUGGUGGAGAAGGACACAGGGACUCGGCGAAAGUACAACAGCUGGAAGAGAAAGUGCAGAGCCUGACCAAGCAACUGCAAGACUUGCAGUCCACCAUGCAGGCCAACAACGCCAAGCUGACCGAAGACGUGCGCCGGGCAGUGGAGACCUCCCUGAACGGCAAGCAGCCCGCAGACGCCGCCGCCGCGGCCGCCCACCCGGAGAUGAAGGAAACCCUCAACGAGAUCCAGCGCCACUUGCAGCGCCUCGACAACCGCAUCGCCAGCCACGAGAACGGGCGAGGCACGGGCGGCAGCGGGCCCGACGUCCGGGGCGAGGUCAUCCGGGAGGUGGAGCGGCGCUUGCAGGACUCCUGCGCCUCCUGCCUGACGGGCGUGGAGGGCCUGAAGCGGCAGCAAGCCGACGACCACGACCGAACGCGGGCUCUGGAGAAGCUGUUUUCCUCCCAGGAGCAGCGGAACCGCGAAGCCGUCAGCGCCGUCCAGCAGCACGUGAGCCGCCUGGCCGAGCAGCUGCCCAAGGCCUGCUGCCCUCCGAUGGCGACUCGGGUGGGCGAGCUGGAGCGCCGCCUGGAAUCCGUGUCCGAUUCGGUAACCGCGCUUCACGAGCACGUGGGAGGCCGGCCGCAGCCCCAGGGGCCCUGGAGCGUGGACAGCCGAAUGACCGAAAUGGAGAGCCGCGUCAACCUCACGCAGCGCAGCCUGGAGGAGCACUUGGUGGACUUGCAGGUCAUGCUGCAGGGAGCGGACGAUCGGCUCGGCCGGGCGGAGAGGCAGCUCGACUUCCUCUUCUCCCGGCUGAACGAUUUCCAGAGCCACGUGGGCCGAGCCCUGGCCAACCUGUCGCGGGACGUCGGCGGGCUGAAGGACGGGAGCCUGCAGCAGCAGGGGGCGCUGGAGCGGGUCCGCGUCUCGGUUCACGCCUGCACCCAGAUCUGCACCGAGCCGGGCAACCAGGACUCGCAGAUCAGCAGCAUCUUAAGCGACCUGGAACGGCGCGUGCUGGACAACGAGGGGCAGCUGCGGUUGCUGGGCUCCAACCUCCACCAGCUCGACGUGUCGGGGAAAUUGCGAAACUUGCAAGGCUUGGUGGGAGCGAACAGCGAAGCCCUUGGCAAGCUGGCCGGAGAAAUUGGCGAGCUUGAGAACCAGAUGGUGAUUUCCAUGAGUGCGGGGCCGCCAGAUUUAAUGCGCUAUUCCAAUCGCACCAAUCAGCGCUUGGAUAAAUUGGAGCAAGAGGUCGAAAGGUUGGAACGCCGUCCCUGCAGUCAGAGCUGCUCCCAGCUAUGGGGGGAAAUGAGACAGCUCAGGGAGCAAGUGGAAACCUGCCAAGCAGCCUGCCAGCCAAUGGGGAAAAAGCCAGAACUGGGUACAGAGCAAGGGGAGACCUCCAAACCUUUGGAUGGCUUCAGCGUGACUGGCGGCAGCUCCAGCAUCCACCUGCAGUCUUUGCAGGGAGAGCUCUCCGAGGUGAUCCUGGGCUUCAGCUCACUCAACGAGACACUGGCUGGGCUGCAGGCCACCGUGGAAAAGCAUGAAACCGACAUCCAUGAGCUGGGCACUACCAAGGAUCGCAUCAUCACCGAGAUCAACCGCGUACAGCAGGAGGUGACGGAGCAUGUGGGCGAGAGUGAUGUGCGCUUCCAGGACCUGGGUCACGAGAUCCAUCGGUUUAGCGGUACUCUUCAAGUGGAGGCGUCAGACUGUCGGAGGGCCUCUGGAGGUCUGGCAGAGCGACUGACUAAGCUGGAAGGCACCUGUGAACGACUGGACCAUGUCUCGGGGAGCUUGCGCAAGAUUAAGGAAGGGCUGGACAAGCACAUCUCGGCUUUGUGGGGCUGCAUUCAUGAAGUGAACGGGACUCUGCGCAGCCACGGAACCUUGUUAGAGAAGAUCCACGGCAGCCAGUUGGGCACCAUCCACCGCCACCUCAGUACUCUUAAUGGCUCCCUUCAUACUCUGAAGGGUCAGCUGCAUGACCUCACCCUGCAGGACUUCACAGGUACUUUUAGCCCUCCAGGUCUUCCAGGUCCCAUGGGAAAACAGGGCCCCCCAGGCCCGAUGGGAGGUCCUGGCAAGGAUGGAAAGACUGGCAUGGAGGGACCUCCAGGUUUCCCUGGAAAACAAGGACCACCAGGUCCACCUGGAAGAGUGCCAAAAGUCUCCUUCUCAGCGGCUCUAACAACCUGGCAUUUCAGUACUGGAACCAUCAUCUUUGACAAGGAACUGGUGAACGAUGGAAAUUUCUAUAACCCAAAUACAGGAAUUUUCACAGCUCCUGUUUCUGGCCGCUAUCUGGUCAGCGCAAUUUUGACUGGGCACAGAGGUGAGAAGGUUGAGGCGGUGCUCUCCCUUUCCAACAAGGCCAUUGCCCGCAGCGACUCAGCUGGAUAUCAGCCUGAAGGACUGGAGAACAAACCAGUGGCUGAAAGCCAACCAAGUGCUGGUGCUUUGGCAGUCUUCACUCUCAUUGUCCCAAUGGAGUCUGAUGAGACCCUCUGUGUGGACCUCGUGUCUGGCCAGCUAGCCCACUCUCCAGAUGAGCCACUGACAGUUUUCAGUGCUGCCUUGCUUUAUGAGGAAGAUUUGGGGGUCCAUAUAGUUCCUCAAUGGGGGUAGGGAGCAUCCCAAAGCAGCCCACAGCCCAGCAGGGAAAGGGAUACCAAGGAACCCCAACUUGCACCCUAAUAACACUUCUGUUCUUCCUUUCUGGGCUGGUAUCACCCAGUGAUAACUAGGAUGGUAGAGAUAUAGUGAUUAAGGUGUUGGAUUAGGACUAGGGAAAAGCAAGGUCAAGUCUUCUCUUAGCCA